AACGGCUCUUUUGCGGCGCGCGCGCUGUCUAAUCUCAGUUCCGAGGGCUGGCUGUUGAGCGCGCAAGCCCUGGCUAGUCCGGCGGGGCGGUGCGGGCGGCUUCCCCAGCCAGGGUCGUCUGGGACCCGUGGUCCGUUUCUCCGUCAUCACGGGGAAUAAGUUUCUGGAAGCCGACUGGUCCUCUCCCGGAGACGGGGCAGAUAGUCAAGACGCCUUCGUCUUCCUUGAGUGGACAGCGAGCCCGGCAUCUCCGGCGUCCGUGCCUGGCAGUUUUUCCAGGUGACUGCCCCAUUGAAAAAUGGCUACUGGACAGGACCGGGUAGUUGCUCUAGUGGACAUGGACUGUUUUUUUGUUCAAGUGGAACAGCGGCAAAAUCCUCAUUUGAGGAAUAAACCUUGUGCGGUUGUACAGUACAAAUCAUGGAAAGGUGGUGGAAUAGUUGCAGUGAGUUAUGAAGCUCGUGCAUUUGGGGUCACUAGAAGCAUGUGGGCAGAUGAUGCUAAGAAGUUAUGUCCAGAUCUUCUACUGGCACAAGUUCGUGAGUCCCGUGGGAAAGCUAACCUCACCAAGUACCGGGAAGCCAGUGUGGAAGUGAUGGGGAUAUUGUCUCGUUUUGCUGUGAUUGAACGUGCCAGCAUUGAUGAGGCUUAUAUAGACCUGACCAGUGCUGUCCAAGAGAGACUACAAAACCUGCAGGGUCAACCUAUCUCUGCUGACUUAUUGCCAACCACCUACAUUGAAGGGUUGCCUCAAGGCCCUACAACAGCAGAAGGGACUGAUCAGAAAGAGGAGACGCGAAAACAAGGCUUAUUUCAAUGGCUUGAUUCUCUUCAGAUUGAUAACAACACCUCUCCAGACCUGCAGCUCACUGUUGGAGCAGUGAUUGUGGAGGAAAUGAGAGCAGCCAUAGAGAGGGAGACAGGCUUUCAGUGUUCAGCUGGAAUUUCACACAAUAAGGUCCUGGCAAAACUGGCCUGUGGACUGAACAAGCCCAACCGCCAAACCCUGGUCUCACAUGGGUCUGUCCCACAGCUCUUCAGCCAGAUGCCUAUUAGCAAAAUCCGUAGUCUUGGAGGAAAGCUAGGUGCUUCUGUCAUUGAAAUCCUGGGGGUGGAAUACAUGGGCGAACUGACUCAGUUCACUGAAUCUCAGCUCCAGAGUCAUUUUGGAGAGAAGAAUGGAUCUUGGCUUUAUGCCAUGUGCCGUGGGAUUGAACAUGAUCCAGUUAAACCCAGGCAACUACCUAAAACCAUUGGCUGCAGUAAGAACUUCCCAGGAAAGACAGCUCUGACUACUCGGGAACAGGUACAAUGGUGGCUUUUGCAAUUAGCCCAGGAACUAGAGGAGAGACUAACCAAGGACCGAAAUGAUAAUGACAGGGUGGCCACCCAGUUGGCUGUGAGCAUUCGUGUACAAGGAGACAAACGUCUCAGCAGCCUGCGUCGCUGCUGUGCCCUUACCCGCUAUGAUGCUCACAAAAUGAGCCAUGAUGCAUUUGCUGUCAUCAAGAACUGUAACACUUCAGGAAUCAAAACUGACUGGUCCCCUCCCCUCACAAUGCUUUUCCUCUGUGCUACCAAAUUCUCCGCUCCUGCCCCUUCAUCUUGCACAGACAUCACCACCUUCUUGAGCAGUGACCCAAGUUCUGUGACAAACGUGCCAGUUUCCAGUUCAGAAGCUAAGACCCAGGGAUGUGACCUAGCAGUGACAGCCACUAAGAAAGCAACUACUUCUCUGGAAUCAUUCUUCCAAAAAGCUGCAAAAAAGCAGAAAGUCAAAGAAGCUUCACUGUCAUCUCUUACUGCCACUGCCCAGGUGCCCAUGAGCAAUUCACCAUCCAAGCCCUCCUUACCUUUCCAAACCAGUCGUACUACAGGAAUUGAGCCCUUCUUUAAGCAGAAGAGUCUACUUCUAAAGCAGAAACAGCUUAAUAAUCCUUCGAUUUUCUUCCCUCCACAAAAUCCACAGUCUAGUCCUGAAGAGUUAACAAACGGUUUUCCAACAGAGUAUCCAAAUUACACAGACCAAAAUUUGGUCUGUCAAGCAGUACCAAAGCUAGGAACCUCUAAAACAACUCCUACAGAGCUGGAUUUGACCCAGAACAGCCCAAGCAGGCUUGCUUCUUCCAGUUCUGCUCUGGAGGUGGCUCAGAAGUCAACUACAACUCCAAGUCCUAUGGCAGCUGAGGACCAAGUGCCCUGUGAGAAGUGUGGCUCUCUGGUACCUGUAUGGGAGAUGCCAGAACAUACGGACUAUCAUUUUGCAUUGGAGUUACAGAAAUCCUUUUUGCAGCCCCACUCCUCAACUAUGCAGGUUGUUCCUGCCAGUUCUCAAAGCAAAAGAAAUCCCAAAAGCCCUUCAGCUUCCAAUAGUAAGCGAACUAGGCCUGAGGGCAUGCAGACAUUGGAAUCAUUUUUUAAACCAUUAACACACUAGUGGUGGCCUCAGGCUUACUGCAGGGUUUUAAUAUUUUACCUGGAAACAAGGAGAUGGAAAUAUGUUCACUUCUCAAGGAAAUCUAUAACUUUAUGAAAUUUUUAGUAAGAUAAAUAAUCCAGUUAGGUGCUGAGUUAAAACUCCCAUCUCUUCACAUGCAUGGAUUCUAAUUCCAUUGCUGAUAGAGAUGUAAAAACUAAUUUAUCAUUGCAGAAAUACAAAUGCUUUGAGUUUUUAAUCAUUAGAGUUUAGGGAGGCAGUGUCAGAGUACAAAUAUGUGGGCCUUCAAGCCUAGGAGAGGCACUUUCCACACUUUUCCUCAUCUGUAAAACUGAUAUGCGUUACAGAUUAUGGGAGAUUAAGGACAAUGUAUUUAAAGUACAGAGCUUAAAGAUGGCAGAAAAAGGAACUGGAUGAGAAAAAAACAAUUAAAAAAAACCUUUUCCCCAAGCUCUGUGACAGGGGCAGUUCAGAUAAUGCUUUGACCAAAAUGUGAUGUUUGAGAUCAGGUGAAGACCUGAAACCCUCAAGUGAUAACAUGCUUAGGGCAGGCCUCUGUUCACAGAAGCUGCUCAAUAAAUACUGAAUUUGGGACGCCUGGGUGGCUCAGUGGUUGAGUGUCUGCCUUUUGCUCAGGGUGUGAUCCCGGAGGCCUGGGACUGAGUCCCACAUCAGGCUCCUUGCAUGGAGCCUACUUCUCCUCCCUCUGCCUAUGUCUCUGCCUCCCUCUCUGUGUCUCUCAUGAAUACAUACAUACAUACAUACAUACAUACUGAAUUUCAUACAACUAAACCCUAUUUAUGGCCACAAUUCUAGCCACUGGCCCUUCUACCUCCUGCAUUUGAUCUAAUGUAGAAUAAGAUUGUUAAUGGGCCAGUUCAGAAACUGUUUAGACUGGGUAAGUCACAAUCAGAACUAGAUCAUCUCUAGAAUCUUGCUAGGCUGAGUGUGAUUUUGAGAAACAGCAUCAGUGUCAUCCCUUGAUGACACUCACCCUUGUUAGAAACUCAGCCUCACCCCUAUGGAAUCAGAAUCUGUAUAUUAACAAGAUUCUCCAGGGUGUUUGAGUAAUACCAAUCUAGAAGAUGCCUAGAAGAUGCCAUGGCCAGUUGUGGGUUUGCAGAGGGCAAUGACAUUUCUUUAAACCCUGAAGUAGAAUAGGGUUUAUUGUAGCUUUCUGCACUUGUCCACAUAUAUAGUACUGUAUUCUUAAUCUUUGUUCUUUGUUCUUAUAUGUGGAAAGUCAGCUUUUUUGAUAUGGGAAACCUUGCGUUACACAGAACCCAAUUGCAAAUGAACUGAACUAGGUGGUGUUGGGGGAAGUGGGUCGGAAGUAUGGGGUAUAUAUCCCUCCAUCUCAUAUAUAACACACAAACCAACUGCUUUUCAAACGUGUUUAUAAAUUGCAGGUCUAUAUUUAGUUUGAAGAAGGGAGUAGCAUUUGAAAAAUACUGAGUGGACCAGAAAAUUAUUUCUUCAAAAAUAUUUUCCUCUUGUGGCAGUUGAAUAGUGUGUACAUGGCCCUUUCCCUACCAUAUCUGUAGUUUCUUGAAGUCAAGAAUUCUUCACAGUGCCUUGCACAUAGUAGGUACUUGAUACUCACUGGAUGAAACAUAUGUAGUAAUUUUAGAUUACUAGAACUGGAACAGUAAAAUUGUACAUGCUACUGGUGGGGGGGGCUGCCUUAAACAUCUUUUUAUCUUAAAUGUUCCAUUAAUAUAAUAAGGUAUAGUUCACUGGUUCCUGAAGAUGUCUCAUUAAGUGCUGAUCAUUUUCUAAAGUCUCCUUUCUUAAUCUAGUGAAAAAUUAAAAAAAAAAAAAAAAGGCCUAAAAUGAAGCAAUACUC